AUGGGCGACGAUGACCUCGAUGAGCUCUAUGAAGAUGUCGUGGAUGCGUUGCAGGGCUCCUUGAAGGUCCCCACGCUGAACCCCCGGCUGCGGAGCCGUCUGGAGCUUUGCCGGAAGGUGAUGCGGGAGUGUGACGACAGCUACUGCAAAGAGCUCUGGGAACAAGAGGAUCGCGGCCAGCGGCGUCGCAGGAGAGAAGACGAAUCUGGGAGCUCCAGCGACUCUGAAGCGCAGCCCGGAGGCUCAAAGAAGCAGCGUCUCGAGUUGCCCUUGGCGUGA